AUGACUCCCCUCCGCCUGCAUCUCCCCGCCGAGCACAUCACGCUCGAGCUGACGCCGCAGCCGCUGCAGCCCGCCGCCCAGCUGGCCCACACUCGCUCGCCCGCCGCCGGAGCCAACGUCCUGUUCGCCGGCACCACGCGCGACUCCUGCGACGGCCGCCCCGUCGCGCGUCUGGCCUACGAGAGCUACGGCCCGCUGGCCCUGCGCACGCUGGCUGCCCUCGCGCGCGCCGCCGUCGACAAGCACGGCCUCUGCGCCGUCAGCAUCGCCCACCGCCUGGGCCCCGUGCCCGUCGGCGAGGAGUCCAUCGUCAUCGCCCUCAGCGCCCCGCACCGCGGCCCCGCCUGGCGUGCCGGCCAGGAGCUGCUCGACGACUGCAAGCGCCGCCUCGAGGUGUGGAAGCGCGAGGAGUUUGUCGGCGAUCCGCCCGGGGAGGGUGAGUGGCGGGCAAAUAGGGAUACCGACGCGGAUGGCAACCCGUCUGCCGACAGUGCCCACUGA